AUGACAUUUGCUUCAACUGCUACUCAUAAUUCACAUAUCGGCGAAGUAGAUUUGCGGACAACUUCCACAAGUGCCAGCUCUGGUGCCAGCUCUGGUGCAUGCUCUGACACACCCUCUGGUGCUGGUGCUGGUACAGAAACAAAAUCACCAUCGCCUUCGCAAAAUUUCAGUUAUAAAACACCCAUUGUUCAGAUACCAAACUCUCUUCACGUGGAGAGUAACCAAUUGGAGUCAGAUCUACAGCAUCAUCAAGAUUUACUGGAAGAUGAAUUGGAAACUUUAGACCAGUUUGAACUAAGCUCAAGUUCUCACCUUGUACCGCCCAACGGUGGCACUCAUAUGAACAAAUCUUCUUCAGUUGUGUCACAUGUAUCAUUAGCAUCCACUCUUUCUAGCGUAUCGGACACUGUACAUACGCCACAUAAGGCAUACAAAAGGUCGUCGUCCUCUUCCAACGAUUUGAUAUACGAGCGAGAUAGGUUUAGAGCAAGGUUGAAAAGCUUUAACGAUACCAAUUCGCUAGUCACAGAAACAAAACUAGAUGUUGUUGAAGACGAGACCAAUUGUGAUGUUUGUGAUGGGAUUGGGUGCAAAACUGCUAAGCUUAAUAUAGAUCUAGACAAGAAGGAGGCUGAUGAAAUCGACGAUUUCCAAUUUCAGAAUAUUACGAUAGAUCAAUUGAGAAACCUUUUUGAUCAGUAUUUUAACAAAGGUCUUCCUAAUACCAAUAUUAUGUUUCCCUGGUUGCAUGGAUUGCACGUGGACAACUUUGCCCAACGGUCGUUUUUCCUUAUGCAACAACAACAGAUGCGCGAGAAAGCUGGCCAAAACAGUAGUAUCUUCAAUGAUUUUAAGCUAUUGAAACCGGAGAAUAUCUCAUUUCUAAUGUGCAUCAAUGACGGCACUAUACCUGUUCAGCUACACAACACAGUUCAACUAAAUGAAAUCUUGCAAAAAAUCGAUGUGUCGAGAUCAGAAGUAAAGGAAAUCGUGCGAUCAAUAUACAAAAAGGAACAAGGAUCACAGUUUGAUGAUGAAAGUGAAAUGCUUAAAUUGCUUUUUGACGAUUGUACCAAAUUAAAUGUGCUUCCGAGAUUCACUAAUUUAGAUCCAGACCGAGGGAUAUCAUUGCGUAACUUCCAUAUUCAAGUUGCCAAGUUAUCUACAUGUUCUGACUUUUUGGUAUAUGGCACGUCUCCAGAAAAUAUGCGCUCCAUAGCAAGAGUGCUUUGGCUUGCUCAAAAAGCUGAGUCGCACGAAAACUCUGACGGGACAAAGAGACGCAUUUUCAUACUAGAAAGUCUGUUAAAGGAGCUUUACGAGGAAGUUGGCUCUCCAAUAAGAACAAGCCCGCUUCGUUCGUUUUUCCAUUACUCGAAAUUGGAUGCAUCACACUUGCAUUUUGAGAUUAAGGAUUCUACCUUGUUACUGCAUGAUUGCUUUCAAAUUAGUGAGAAGAUUGAAACCACAAAAAUGUCUACAGCCACUAAAUUAACUCAGAACGUUUGGGUUGGUAAUUUCUGGGACCAUCAAAUCAUGAUUGAUUAUUUGUUGAAUGGCAAAUCGGUAAAUACGCAACCAACUAACCCCAACUUGUACAACGACCCACUCAACUCACUCAUAGUACACAAGAAUGUACUGCCGCGAGACUUUAUCAAUUUCUUGCCAAAACCAAAAGCCAAUUACAAGCUAUUCAUCCAGUGCCACGCCGAUGCCUCGUUCCCCGACCUUGAAGAGCUUGCCCACCUUUUGUAUCAAUACACAAUCACUUCACACGAUAAUCAUACAGCCGCCGAGCGUCACCAUCUUCAGUUCCCACCACUGGGCUCAAUUGGUCUUGGAGAUUGCAAGCGUGAAAACUUGCAGUCCAUCGUAAACACGUGCAAGCUUAUAUACUUGUAUUCAUCAACACUUUCGGCAGAUGGCUUGGGCUCUUUAAUAUAUUGUUCUGAUGGGUAUACGGAAUCGUCGCUCUUGGUUUUUUGCUAUAUCAUGUACUCAAUGAAUCUUCCAUUGGACGAAGCCAUGUUAAAGCUCCAUUUGGAGUAUGGCCGCCCUUUUUACAUUUUCAAUAGCGAUGUGGUGAUUCUUCGCAAAUUGGAACCAUUGUUGAAGAAGUUUAGCCCGCUUGUCAAGAAAGAUUUGAAAUGGGAAGAACUUGAACAAAUAUCACCAUCAGAAAUAAACGAAAUUUUACUCGGUGUACUGAGUAGUAAAGCUAACCGCAGCAAUAAACUUGGAUUUAUAGCCAACGAUGAAGAUGGCGAUGACUCUUCUGACUCUGAUUCAGUGGGAAGCAAUCUGAGCGACGAAGAAUUGGAAUCAAAAUAUUCCAUUGAUUGGGUCAAAGAAGUGGAAGGCUCUAUCCCGUCUAAAAUACUACCCUACCUCUACCUUGGAUCUCUCAAGCAUGCUCUGUGCUUACCGCUAUUAAACAAAUUGGGAAUUAAGAAAAUUAUAUCAGUUGGAGAAUCUCUUCCUUGGCUUAACGGGUUCAAAUUUCAGAAAUACAAUGAUGUUACUGUUGAUGAGUCUGAUGAUGGGAGUAUCGAGUUUUUCAACAUUUCGCCUAGCAAAUCCCAUUGCCAUCACCGUCCUUUGCAUUGGAACACCAGUAUCAACACUGUGAUGAAAGUCAACAACUUGGAAGACGAUGGAAUUGACGAAUUGAUGCACCAGUUACCACCUAUUCUUGACUUUAUUGAUGAUGCAUGUAGAAAGGAUCCAAACACAAAGAUAUUGGUGCAUUGUCGUGUUGGGGUCAGUCGCAGUGCAACUGUAGUGAUUUCCGAGAUAAUGAGAAGGAUGAAUGUGAGUUUACCGAUGGCAUAUUUAUAUGUGAGAGUGCGCAGACUCAACAUUAUCAUACAGCCAAACUUGAGGUUCAUGUACGAAUUAUUUAAGUGGGAGGAAUUUGUUAAGGAAAAGCAAAAAAGACUUACAUUCAACGAAGAAGUCAGGGCUGCAGAUGAAAGAAGCAAAGAGAAUUUUCCAGAUACCAUCCCUAAAUAUCCCGAUGGGACUUACUACCUACGUGAAAUCGAUUGGUUUAUUAUGUGUCGGGAGAUUAUGAAACUAAACCUGCCAUACGUGAACUGUUAA